GUUAACUCUACAGUUUCAAGCCGCUUGAUACGUUUUACAUGGCUUCAGCUACACCUUUAUUACCAAAAGCAAAGGCUCGACAGAAUGUAAGUUUACUUAAAUGGUCAUUCGGUAUAUUAUAUUAGACAUGGGUUACUUAUUUUCCUUGUAAGUUAUACGAUAUAGUUAUUGUAGGUUAAAAAUUAUCCGUUGCCAUACACCCCUCCCAAGGCAGGUUAGAAUUUCCUUCGUUUCUUCUCGUUUCUUAGACCUAAAUACUGUCAGUUAUAUAUUGGUAUUCGUAGGAUUUAUUUUUGGGAGGGAGCGUGGCCGAGCGGCUAGAGCGCUGGACUUGUAAUUCGGAGUCCCCGAGUUUAAGUCCCUCCCCUACCGCUAGCUGGAUUUGUUCUCGUUUGUCCCGAGUUCAAAUCCUCCACCACGUUUGUAGAAUAGCCAACUGAUUCGGCCCAUUCGCUUCCGGCCAGUUGGGAUUGUGAACCAUAUUAUGUUCAAUUUAAAUUAUGCGUUUCCUUAUCCCUGAAAAGCCCAAUAAGGGAAAAGAAUAAUUAAAGUAUGAUUAUUAUUAUUAUUAUUAUUAUACAUUGUAUUCACUAUCUGUCUUCUCAUUGGCUGAGGGCCUACAGCUAAUUUCGGAAAUCAGCGUUAGUUAUCAGCUAGCAGAUAACGAACUAAUCUGUAUUCUGUGAAAAGCAAUGCAUGAUUUCCAAUAACAAUAUCACUUCAGGUUCUUUGCUUGGUGUUACAUGGUCUUACAUGAUGUUACAUGGUGUGACAUGGUGUUACAUGGUGUUACACAGUGUUAGUCGGUGUUACAUGGUUUUACAGCAUGAUUCAGGGUGGUACAUGGUGUUACAGGGUGCUACACCAUGUUACAGGGUGCUACAUGGUGUUACAUGUUACACAGUGUUACAUGGUGUUGCAUGGUGUUAUAUGGUGUUACAUGGUGUUUUUUUUGUUACACGGUGUUACAUGAUGUUACGCGGCGUUACAUGGUGUUACAUGGUUUUACACGGUGUUACAUAGUGUUACAUGGUUUACAUGGUUUUACACGGUGUUACAUGGUGUUACACUGUGUUACAUGGUGUUUCAUUGUGUUACGCCAUGUUACAUGAUGUUACAUGGUGUUACAUGGUGUUACAUGGUUUUACAUGGUGUUACGCGGUUUUAUAUGGUGUUACACGGUGUUACGUGGUGUUAGAUGUGUUACAUUGUUCCUAUUAAAGCCUCACAGUUAUGCUAGAAUGUUGAUAUAUAGAAUAUGGGCUAUUAAAAAUGGCUGGUAUAUUAUUUAUUAACCCAUUCUCCCCUGAGCUUCAGGUUUUUUAUUUAUUCUUUGUUGCUUACUAUUAUUAUUAUUAUUACUAUUAUUAGUGAGCAUUCAGUUGUGUCAGUUGUGAUUAUUUGCCAAUUCUCCAAAUUGUUGUUUGCAAGUAAAGGUAUGUUGUCCAUGUUUUAGGUGUUGGAAUGUCGAGUUUGUGAAGAUGUAUUUAAACUUCAGGGUGACAAAGUUCCAAGGUUGUUACUGUGUGGACAUACAGUAUGUCAUGACUGUCUGACACGCCUUCCUGUAAAUGGGCGACUGCUUCAUUGUCCCUUUGAUAGACAGUCAACAGAACUGAGUGACUCGGGUGUUUGGGGACUUAAGAAAAACUUUGCUUUAUUGGAACUUCUUGAACGUCUGCAAGUUCUGAAUGAACCACUUACAUCUCCUGACGUUGAUAGUGGGAGUGAUACAGUGCAAUGUGAUGAGAAUGAAGAACAUACAGCAAGUAUUUAUUGUACAGUUUGUGAAACCAAUUUGUGUCGUGAUUGUGAAGAGAUAACCCAUUCCACUAAAACCCUCGUAAAGCACAGGAGAAUUCCAGUCUCAGAGCGACCCAAGGAGAAGCCCAAAUGCACACAGCAUUCUGCCCACGUGAUUGAAUUUACUUGCUUAGAGGAGGGAUGUAGAGAUAACUCAUUAAUGUGUUUUGUGUGCCGUGACUAUGGAAAGCAUCAAGGACACAAACACACCCUCUUAGAAAAUGAAGCGGAAAAUAUGCGUGCAUCUGUGACUAACGUCAUUCAGCAUGUCAGGACGUUUACUGGUGAAGUAGAUGGGUCAGCAGCCAAGCUUACUUCAGUUAUUGAGGCAAUUGAAGGUAGCUAAAAUCUAAUUUAUUGUUCUAGAAAACAUCCAUACCCCGUCGGUGGAGGGUUUUGGUUUACCCCUGUCUGCUUCCCCACCCCCAGUCACUCUAAUCAAUAAUAAUGUUAUUAUAACAAGGCUGCUGCCCAAGAACAUUUUUGGGAGAUUUCUGGGAGCCUAUAGAUGGAUAAAAUUAAAUAAGUAAGCAGGUGCUAGAAACUUGAUUUACCCAUCUCGAAACUCGAUUUGAUUGAGUUUCUAAUUUCCACAAAAGUUCUUGUUUGUUUACUUUUUUCAGUGGAAAUUUUUUGUGUAUGGUUGACAAACAAAAGUUUUAUGUUUUCGUUUCAAAAGCACAAAAUGAGCAGGGAAUUCUGUCUUCGUUCAUUGGAAGUAGGCAUAGAGGCUAUUGCCUUAAGAAUCAUAAGUUUUAGGCAACCAUGCCGUGUCUGUCAGAGCAUCUGGCGAUUGGGCACCCGUUAGGCAGCAGCCUUGUGUAACAUCACAUUCUUCCACUGUAACACUUCACUGACAUUUGGCUUAUUAUUUAUUACGGCAGUAUUUGAUUUUUGUAGAAUUCAGUGUUUCUGUCUUCUGAUUUGGUGCCGGUUGUCAACUUGUUAAAAUUGCUUGUACUUUAGGUGGAGUUGCAAUGCACGAGGGUGACCAUGGUAAUGUUAUUGCUCAGCAUCUGGACGGUACAGCUGAAGAGGCCAGACACAAGGUGCGGGCAUAUUUUGAUGAUCUACGUGAGACAGUCAACAGACAAGAAGAAGCUGGGCUUGCUGUGGUGAAUAAUUAUGUUCGAGAAAAGUUGCUGUCCCUGCGUCAGCAACAGGAAGAUAUGGCUGUUCUUAUGUCACAAGUUACAUCUGUAUGUGUGGAAUGUGAGAGAGCAUUAAAGAGAAGUGAUGCUGAGGUAAGCUGGCAUAUUUGUAGAGUAGUGCUGCAACAGUAUACUGAUUCAGAACCCCUUCACAUGAGCCCGGUUACCGGGAUGAAUUUUACCUUGGGUUCAUGUGACAAAUUUCAGGCCGUUUUUGAGAGGAGAAAAGGUCAAAGUUCCUGGGGACGAGUUCUGGCGCCAAAUUCGAGAAACAGAGAAAACAUGGUGAAACACAAAAAUUUUAACUUUCAUGCCUUUCAUAGCUUCUGCAACUCUUAAAGCUGUAUCACUGCAGUUAAAUGGGAUGCUUAUGAUGUGGAAAUACAGCAGGCAAUACAAUACAUGUGGCAAAAUUUCCAGCCUGCUUACCGAGCCAGCUUGGCCCUCUCAUAUAAACACAUCCUUACAAAGGAUUUAGAGGCAAGGCGUGAUCUCAGAAAUCGGGCUAGCCUGGUCAACCAGGCUCGAAGAGGCCCUCAAUGUCAGAUCUUUGCUUAAAGAACGAGUCAUACACAGUAUAUAGCGCGCUUGUUUGUUCGCGUGGCUUAUGUCGGAUCUUUGCUUAUAGAACGAGGUAUACACAGUGUGUAGCGCACUUGUUCCUUCGCGUGGCUUAUGUCGGAUCUUUGCUUAUAGAACGAGGCAUACACAGUGUGUAGCGUGCUUGUUUCUUUGCGUGGCUUGUGUCGGAUCUUUGCUUAUAGAACAAGGUAUACACAGUGUGUAGCGCGCUUGUUCCUUCACGUGGCUUAUGUCGGAUCUUUGCUUAUAGAACAAGGCAUAAACAGUGUGUAGCGCGCUUGUUCGUUCUCGUGGCUUAUGUCCGAUCUUUGCUUAUAGAACGAGGCAUACACAGUGUGUAGCGCGCUUGUUCGUUUGCGUGGCUUAUGUCAGAUCUUUGCUUAUAGAACGAGGCAUACACUGUGUGUAGUGCGCUUGUUCCUCCGCAUGGCUUAUGCCAGAUCUUUGCUUAUAGAACGAGGCAUACACAGUGUGUUGCGCGCUUGUUCGUUUGCAUGGCUUAUGUUGGAUCUUUGUUUAAAGAACAAUGAAUGUGAGUAGUUUAAAGAACAAUGAAUGUGACUAAUGAGAUGCAUUUUCCACUCGACAACUCUGUCUGUCGGGUCGAGACAACUUGUCCACUUGUACGACUCGACAACUUAGUUGCCUUUAUUAGUAAACUAAUGAGAUGCAUUUGCCACUCGACAACUCCGACUGUCGAGUUGAGACAACUUGUCUGCUCGUACGAGUUGUGAAAAGUAUUUUUCCACUCGUAUCAUGUCGACAGUAUUGGACAUGACUACUCUAUCAUGAUUGGUAUUAUUCUGAUAAAUUCGGGUAAUUUUAAAAUAAAUUAGCAUGGCUGGCUAGCCUCGUGAUAUAAGUCUCUUUGCAAUUUCCUUUCUUAAAUCAGGUGGCAGUUGUUCAAAUGGUGGAUAGGAAGCACUAUCCACCAGAAAAAUCACUUUCCAGUAGAUAAGUAUUAGGAAAACUAAUAUUAUUGUGUCAUCCACUGGAUGGAGAUUUAUACAGUGGAUAGCUCUAUCCACCUUGUGAACAGGUGACGGCCGAAGUAUAUCCACUGUACAUUAAUAUUUUUAUUAUAAAGGAAAUAAAGGGAGAUGUAAAGAAUCAACCAUAAGAGGACACAGAAAAAAUCAGAGCCCCAGAUGGAAUUCGAACCCACGACCCUCCGUGUUCUAGAUCGGAUGCUCUGACCUCUGAGCUACUGAGGACUCGUUGGGGAGCAAGGGUCGUGGGUUUGAAUCCCAUCUGGGGCUCAGAUUUUUUCUGUGUCCUCUAUGGUUGAUUCUUUACAUCUCCCUUUAUUUCCUUUAUAAUAUUAAUAUCAGUGGUAUACAUUAAUAUUUUGUUACCAAAAAAAUACUUUCAGGUGAUAGAAGCCAGAAACAGUAUUCACAGUCUCCUGGAAACAGUACAAGAGCAACAGGAGCAGUUUACUAACAUAGCAAGCCUGUGUGAUACUGAUGCUGCCAUCCCUGUGGCCUUUACAAAGGACAACAGAGUUCAUAUUGGUCCAAAAAUGGAGAUGCGGCUUGUUGUACUGGGACUUGAUGGUGCUGGGAAAACUUCAAUUUUGUUCAAAAUGAAACAAGAUGAAUUUGUCUCACCAAUCACAACCAUUGGUAAAUAUGUACCAAACCUUAGGUUCUUUAUAAAAUUAAGAUGAACUUCAGUGUGGGAUGCAGGGGAGGGGACUGGGGGGCCCUUCCACCUUGUUUUUAGACCAAACUGAGGCCUGAAGGGCCGAAAAAAAAUUUUUCUCUAAGGGUCUGGAUCAAUGCACCCCCUCUCUUAUCUGAAGGUCUGAAUCCACCGUUGAACUUUACUUGUUUUGUUAAAAGUUUAUGCUUUCAAUUCAUUCAAGUUACACUUUAAAAUAAUGAGAAUUUUUUUCUUUUUCCCAUCAGGUUUUAAUGUGGAGACAGUUGAACACCGUAGCUUGAAAUUCACUCUUUGGGAUGUUGGUGGACUGCAGAAACUCCGCCCAUUGUGGCGGCAUUAUUAUCUCAACACACAAGGUUAACUAGUACAUCUUAAAUAAUGACUGUGUAUUUAAACAUACUUUUAGCGUCUAAAUGUAGUUAGAGGCUCCCGGCAGCUUGAAUAGAGAAAUAUAUGAUGGCAGUAAUGAUGAUGAUGAUGAUGAUGUUAACAAUAAGCAAUAAUAUUAUUGGAUAAGAUUUUGUGAUAUCCAGAAUAAUCAAGGUCUCAGUAAGUGUUAUCAGCCUUGGCCAUAAACACCAUACCUUGACAUUGAUUUUUCUGGAUAUUGCAAUUCCCCAGGUAAGGGAAUCAGAGACAAUCUUGGAUUCUGAAUUGCAGGCCAUGGAUUCUGCAUUCCAAUUGUUAGUGGGAUUUCGGAGUCCAAAGCCCAGUUAUUCGGAUUCCACAAGCAAAUUGCUUUUAGAUUCUGAAUUCCACAAGCAAAACUUCUUGGACUCCGGAAUCUGGAAUCCGGAUUCCCUUACACAGGGCGAUAAUUGGGAUAAUGGUGAUGUGCAGGGUUGUUCAGGAUGUUGAUCUGAAUUACCAGCGUUCAGCAAGCCUGAUGGUACAUGGUUGUUGCAGUGGUGUUACACCUUUUAACCCUUUAAGUCCCAAUAGUGACAAAGAUCAAUUUUCUCCUGACAAUAUCCAUACCCUGUCAAGAGAUAAGUUAUGAGAAUUAAUAAAGUGAUCACCCAAGAGAAAAUGCCUUGAUCUAUUAUCAAAUUCUCUCAACUAAUUCUUCAAGGAAAUGUAUGAAGAUCAGUUUGGAGAAAUUGUAUGUGGAUAUUGGCGCUUAAAGGGUUAACUUUGCACUUGCUAACUAUGAAGACAGUGAUGUGCUAUUGGAAGUUCACUUUACUGUUACUAUAUUAUUAUGUUCAAUUGUUUCCUUUUUUGCUUCUUCCUGCAGCUGUGAUUUUUGUCAUUGACAGCACAAAUAUUGAGCGCAUUUCUGAGGCUCAUGAAGAGCUUGCCAAAUUAAUGGCAGAGAAACGACUGAAAGAUGCGUUGCUGUUGAUAUUUGCCAACAAACAGGUACAUGUUUGUCUAAAAAAACCUUUUUUUUUCAUGAUUUUUAGUAUAGUGUUACAACUACAAUAUUACAUCCAAAAAAGAGCUUUAGUAACCCACAUUCGAUAUAUUAAAAUUCUAACACAACUCGAAGGCUUCGCGAAAUGUCGGCCGUUUUCUCAGGCUAUGUGCGUCGCUUAAAAUUUUAAUAGUCCAAAUAUUUCAAGACGUUGAAACUAAGAUUUUAAACUCCCCAUUUUAUUUUCAUUAGGACCUACCGAGUGCGCUUACUGUGGAUUCGCUGACAGAAAAACUCGCUCUUCACAAGCUCUGUUGUGGAAGGAGUUGGAACAUAUUUGCCUGUGAUGCACACUCUGGUGAAGGCUUACAUGAAGGACUAGACUGGCUUGCAAGGCAGCUCAUGUCGGAGUUUGCGCUGUAAAUCUCUAUCUUGCCUUUGUAUUGUGUAAAGAAGUCUGGUCAUGCGCAACCAUAGGAUCCAAAGGGAAAUGAACAAAAAUAUAUGCGAUAGUUCGAGAGUGUAAAAAAUAAAAAAAAUGUAUGUGCGGUUUCGACUGUUCGCGUUCAAGCCAAAUAAGUACCGACAUCUAGCACUGCCAAGGCCCUUAAUUUUUCCCAUUCGCGACCCCUCAAAGAGGGUCGUACAGGUGUAUUUUUUGUUACGUGAUUACUUGUUUUUCUUUUUCCUGAAUCGUGAAUUCAAUAAAUUAUUCUUCGUGUUCCGUGACCAAAAGGUUGUCCGUGCCCCGAGAACAGCUCGAAUUGAUAAACGAUAUUCGUGACUUUAUUACUUAUUUUUCCCUGAUUGGACAAAAGGACUAAUGAACUAGUUAUGUUCGUGCUUUAAGGGACUCAUUCAAGCCCUGAUUGGAUGAAGUGUGAUGGCAAUUUGCAUGGACCGAGAU